AUGCCACCCACCUUCAGGUGCGGCUUCCUCCAUGGUGUUGAUAUCACGGAAGGGCGACCAGGAGUCCACAAUAAGUUUGUUGAAGAAGUCUUCUCUGAAAAAGGUUCAAAAUCUCACAAUGGUUACCUCUUUGGUGCGAAAAUUGGUGAAGGAUCGUACGCGAAAGUCAAGGAAGUCGUUGAUGAGACGACAUUGGUACGACGUGCCGUAAAGAUAAUUAAGCACAAUCGGUUACGAAAGAUUCAAAACGGACAAGAGAAUGUGGAGCGAGAAUUAAGAAUUCUCAAUAGGGUGAAGCAUGAGAACGUGGUCCGAUUGAUAGAGGUUUUUCGACGGGAAAAUAAGAACAAACUCUAUGUGGUGAUGGAAUUCUGCAUGGGUUCUGUUCAACAGCUCCUCGAUACAUCACACGAGAACAGGCUCUGUGACGCAGAUACUCACCGAUAUUUCGUCGACUUGAUAAACGGCCUCGAGUAUCUCCAUUCGGUUGGAAUUGUUCAUAAGGAUAUCAAGCCAGCUAAUCUUAAUUGGGCAAUGAAUGGUCUGGUGCUAAUAAAAUCAGUAGCGGAUGGAGAAAGUAGAAGAAACUUCAAGAAAUGCUCCCUGAAUAGGAUUCGUAAUACCGAUCUCGUCAUUGAGCCAUGCUAUACAAGAAAAGCGCAUGUUUUUGCCGUCUGGGCCGUGAGCGAUGCUAGGAAUACCUAUAUUGGGACUUAA